AUCAUUGUCAAAUACACAUCUUCUGGAUUUUUUAGCUUAAAAAAAAAUGAGCACCAAACCUGAUAUGAUUCAAAAGUGUUUGUGGCUUGAGUUCCUUAUGGGUAUGUUCAUUGCUGGCACCCUAUCCCUGGACUGUAACUUACUGAACGUUCACCUGAGAAGAGUCACCUGGCAAAAUCUGAGACAUCUGAGUAGUAUGAGCAAUUCAUUUCCUGUAGAAUGUCUACGAGAAAACAUAGCUUUUGAGUUGCCCCAAGAGUUUCUGCAAUACACCCAACCUAUGAAGAGGGACAUCAAGAAGGCCUUCUAUGAAAUGUCCCUACAGGCCUUCAACAUCUUCAGCCAACACACCUUCAAAUAUUGGAAAGAGAGACACCUCAAACAAAUCCAAAUAGGACUUGAUCAGCAAGCAGAGUACCUGAACCAAUGCUUGGAGGAAGACGAGAAUGAAAACGAAGAUAUGAAAGAAAUGAAAGAGAAUGAGAUGAAACCCUCAGAAGCCAGGGUCCCCCAGCUGAGCAACCUGGAACUGAGGAGAUAUUUCAACAGGAUAGACAAUUUCCUGAAAGAAAAGAAAUACAGUGACUGUGCCUGGGAGAUUGUCCGAGUGGAAAUCAGAAGAUGUUUGUACUACUUUUACAAAUUUACAGCUCUAUUCAGGAGAAAAUAAGAAUCAUCUACCUUCAAGCAAGAAUUAACAGAGAUUGUGGCUAUGCAAAUACACCAAAAAAGGGUGAAACAUACCUGAAGUGUACCUGGUUCUGCCCUUGGAAGCCAUUUCCUGCUCAUGCCACUAACAGCAUGCUGACAAACUGUUCAGAUUCAAGAUUAUUCCAAGCUCAGGGCUCAAAUGUUAUAGCCAAAGAAAGUCUUAUGAUAAAAGUGAGGCAAAUUUCAGCCAAGAAGUUAGAAGAAAUGUUUAAAAGAACAAGAACAAACUGUGGAUCAUGGUAUAUGCAGGCUAUCAGCAGAAGGAUCAGACAAUAAAAUGAGUUAGUGCAAACCAUUUAGUAAAAAUAACUAUCAGCAGAGUUGUUCCAAAUUAAAAAUAGUACUACAAGCUUGUAAAGGAGUUAGGACACGCAAGCUACUGAGCAUAAAAUAUACACUUGCUAUUUUUCAUGAAUUUCUCUAAUAAAGUCUUUGCCUGUUCUCUCUAAUAA